CAGAAACACAACAUAUACUUGAGAUUGAAACGAAAACAUGAAGACUUUCAAUCUGUGCACCCUGCUGAGCCUGGCGCUCACAGUUUACUGCAUGCCACUAUCACAGAUUACUGAGCAAGAUGAGGAACUUGCAGAGAGCUACCUAAAGAAAUUCUACAACCUAACAGAGGAGACCGGUCCUUCUUCCAGGCGGGGGGUCAGCCCAGUGAGCAGGAAGCUGAGUGAGAUGCAGAGAUUCUUUGGCCUCCAUGUCACCGGGACGCUGAAUGCUGACACCAUGGCAGUGAUGAAAAAACCUCGCUGUGGUGUUCCGGAUGGAAAUCUUGCCAGUUACUCCACAUUUGGAGAUCACUCGUGGCAGAAAAACAGCCUUACCUACAGGAUAGAGAACUACACUCCAGACAUGUCUGUGGCAGAGGUAGAUGAUUCUAUAGAGAGAGCGCUGCAGGUUUGGGCCAAAGUCACUCCUCUGAGAUUCACAAGAAUCUACAGUGGCACCGCUGACAUCAUGAUCUCCUUUGGCCGGCAAUCACACGGUGAUUAUUACCCCUUUGAUGGCCCUGGUGGUACUCUUGCCCAUGCCUUUGCCCCAUCCCCUGGCAUUGGUGGAGAUGCUCAUUUUGACGAGGAUGAAACCUUCACUUACCGUUCAAACAAAGGCUACAUCCUCUUCAUGGUGGCUGCCCAUGAGUUUGGCCACUCCCUUGGCUUGUCUCACUCUGAUGAUGCUGGUGCUCUCAUGUACCCUACGUACACAUACAGAGAUCCUGAAACAUUCGUCCUGCCCCGUGACGAUGUCAACGGCAUCCAGUCUAUCUAUGGCCCAAACCCUGAUAUAGAUUCUUCUGGAGAGGAACCACUGCCCCCCACCACUCCUGAUGCCUGUGACUCAACAUUGGUCUUGGAUGCUGUCGCCACCCUGCGAGGAGAGACGCUCUUCUUCAAGGACAGCUUCUUCUGGCGAAGCCACCCUCAGAGCAGCGCACCUCAGCAGAGUUUCAUCACAAGCUUCUGGCCCGAUGCUCCCUCCAACAUUGACGCAGCUUAUGAAAGCCAACACUCAGACAAAGUCUAUCUCUUUAAAGGAGAUAAAGUUUGGGCUUUCAGUGGAUAUGAUUUUGUAAGUGGCUAUCCUAAACCAAUAUCCAGUUUUGGUUUUGCCAAAAGUGUGACGAAAAUUGAUGCAGUCUUUCAUGACGAGGACUCUCGCAAGACUCUGUUCUUUGUAGGAAGCAAUUACUACAGUCAUGAUGAGGUCAAAAACACUAUGGACAAGGGCUUCCCCAAGCGAGUGGAUACAAAAUUCUCUGGCCUGACCGGCAAGGUGACUGCGGCCUUCCAGUACAGACAUUUUACCUACAUCUACAGUGGAAAACACAUGUUUGAGUACAGCCUGAGUUCCGGGAAGCUGUUCCGCGUGCUGAACAACAACUACUUCCUGCCCUGCACUAACUUCUAAAGCACUUUUUAUGUUGUUCAUGUGACCAAUCCGAAUGACGAUGAAGGAAACAGUGUUAAUUGGAUUGCUUUUAUAUAGCAUUUUUCUACUCUUAGCAAGCACUCAGAGCCCUUAACACAGAUCACCUGCAAUUGGGGUUAAGGUUUGAUCCAAAGGUCUAUAAUUUAUAAUAAUAUAUUUUAUCAUUUAAACAUUUGAUGUUACACAUUCCCGACUAUAUACUGGAUAUAUUAUGCUCUUCAUUGCUUAAUUAUCUGUUUAUCUCAGGCUAUUAAUGUAAUUUGCACUGAUUAAUUGUUGCUAUUAUUGCUGUUAUACUUUUCUAUUGAAUGUAUGUUAACUGUGGAGCUCUAAUUCUUCUUUCUUUUGAAACAUUGUCAUUGCCAUUUGCACAUGUAUGCACACAUUUGAAAGGUCUAAAUAAAAAAAACAUACAUUUCUAA